CUUAUUCCUAUUUCAUUCUUGUCUUUUCCCAAAAGUCUUAUACGAGCCUAUUAAGGCCAUCGCGCGUUCUAAUCGCACUCCAUCGAAGCGUCAUGGCUUCGAAUCCAUCAUUUAUAAAUGCCGGCUCGACAAAAAGUGGAUCUCACUUAAAUGAUUUUACCAAUACGUUUGUCUUCUCAUCUGAGUCGAGUACAUCUAAGAAUCAGGUUCUUUCUGAGGUACCUAAGGCCCUAUCCGUCGAUCUAGACAGGCAACGUCGGGCCCAUCGGAAGUCUGGAUCAGGUUGUGAUAAUUGCAAGAGGCGACGAGUGAAGUGUAAUGAAGAAACACCUUGUGCAAAUUGUUCAAGGAGGGGAGAGCGGUGUUCGCGGGCGACUCGAUCCAAUCGAAUAGUGUCCGUCCCUCGAACAUCAGGGCCAGUCACAACUUUGACUCCCGGCUUCGGACCGACGGACGCUGUUGUGAAUCUCCAUCACAUGAAGUUAUUUCAUCAUUUCGAAACGUAUACGCAACAUACGCUUAUGUUAACUCCCGAGGUAUGGGAACAUGCAAUCCGACUAUCUUUCCAUUUUGAUUUUUUGAUGAAUGUUAUUCUGUGCGUUGCAGCACGACACCUUGCUUUCCUACAACCGGAGAACACCUCAUAUUCAAGAGCGGCAGCCAGCCAUCUAUCGCGAGCAUUACCUAGGUUCCGCUACGAAUUGUCUAACAACUUCAUCUUAACCCACAUUGACGCCUUUAUUUCAACUUCACUUCUACUUCAGUAUGAAGCAUGGGCUAGCACCGACAUUUCUUUUCCCCAAAACGAUGACAUCGUAUCGUUGGAUCCCACAAGAGACCGAGUCUUCGCUAUGGGAUCUAGCUUAAAAGAAGUUUUCUUGAAGAGUCUUCCUCUUCUCGCCGACCAGCCGUCGAAAUUCUUACCGCUCCUUCAGUAUAAUCCCGCGGACAAGCUUGUUGCAGUUGGGCGGAUUAACGAUAGCACGGUUGCUAAAUAUCUAGAUUUCUUUUCAUACGACAACCCACUUGAUAUGAAAUUUCUCAAUCCCCCUCCACCAUGUCCAAGAAGCAAAGAGAUGGCUCCGUAUAAUCCAUGGCGACAUUGUAUUCCUCACUCACAGUCCGAACCUGAUCUCGAUCCAAUUGCAGAUGGUUAUGCUCCUGUCAUCGCCCGACUUUGUAUCAUCCUAUCAUUUCUUCCUGAAGCACAGCCACCAAAUGACGACAAUACUGAGCCAAAUUUCUUUUCGGACUUGGCGAGAUAUGUUCUCUCCUUUCCAAUAGCUUGCUAUGGUCCCUUCUCUCCUAUGAUUCAGAAGGGAGACCCACGCGCGCUCUCUUUGCUCUAUCAUUUCUACCGUGCCGCGAGAAUAUUACUCCCCCGAGAUGAGUGUUGGUGGGCGCAAAAGCGUGCUGCGCUUUCCGAAAACAAUCUGAAGGAAUGGUUAACGAAAGAGAUUACCAAGCAAGUGGAUAGAUAAAGUUCAGUUACAUCUGCUCCACUCCUAGGCCAGUCUUUAGUCGAGUGGGGACAGUUGAUGAUGCAAUAGCAGCUUUCCCUUUUGGCUUCGUAUCGCUAUAAUAGGCUUAGGGUACUUCGGGGAUAAGAAAGGGGACCAGAAAGACGGGCAGAUACCAUAACACUUGAGAAUAGAAUAUUAACCGUUCUCUCCCGGCUUGAUGGCUUCUCAGACUUAUCAUUCAUAUUCUCAGAGUCAAACGAACAGUAUCAUGGUCGCACUCUCCAAGGUUAUUGCGUCGAACGAACGCAUCGCAUCCACGCUGCCUCCUAGCUUAGUAGCCGUCUUCGUCGGAGGGACCAGUGGUGUCGGCG